AUGUAUUUAAAAAUUCAACAAUCCAUGGCUCAACUGUCACAUCACAAUAUUAAUGAUCAAUAUUAUUUUAUAGUAGAUAAUCCAAUUUCUUACCCCGAUAGUCAUCUUAGUAUUCAUGUUACUGAGUGGAUUAAAACCCAUAUUAAUGAUAUGAAGUGCGCUGAACUUGACGAUGUUGAGGAUGAGCCAUGGAUUGUUGAAUUUUUAAAUACAUUCAAAACUAUACAGGAGAAAUUUGUGGGUUUUAAUAUAGAAGAUAUGUCCGAAAAAUCUUGGCAUAUAGAAGUUUUGUAUCCGAUAUUCAGAGUUCUGGUUUCAGGUCUGAAAUACCUAAAAUUUAAAAUGGAUGAAUCUUUUACGGAGUCGAGCCGAGAAGCUAGUAGAGAAUUAUCUUCACCAUCAAAUCUCACAACUAUUUCAUCAUCAUCAUGUUCGAACAGUGAUAAUUAUAUUAGUGAAAGUGAGUUUGUAUUCGUCAAUUUGAAUGCUGAACAUUUUUCAGAAACCGGUAAUACAACAAAUGGAAUACGUCCUGAUGGACAACUAAUAUGUGAAAGCAUACUCUCUCGAUUCAAGAUGGAAGUAGGAUCACUUGAAUCAAGUAAACCUGCGAGUUCAUCUUUUAAUAAGAAAGAAUGUGAUGAAAUAAAGCUUAAGUUAGCAAUGUUAAUGUCUGGAGCCUAUAUUCGUCAUAAUUUUAAUCCUUCAUAUAUGUCGCUAUCUGUUCAAAAGUUACUUGAGGGGAUCGAAUAUGUGACUCUGCAAGUUCAUAAUGAGAGGUUAAUUGCACAUAUAUAUGAUUUCACUUACAGUCCAAUUAAAAUAAGACAAGCGUUGAUCGAUGUCAGUAUUCCGAAAUUGCGAAAAUGUUUAGAGAAUAUUGAUGCUAAUUUUGGGUUGCUGGCCAGUCGGUUUGAUGAUGGAGCUCCACCCGAACCAUUAAUCAACAAAAAAAAGGUUUAUCAAAAAUUUAUUCAUCUAAAAUUAUCAGAACUUUUGGCAAAGUG